GGAGUGCACACGACUUUCAUAAGCCUAGCCUCCGAUACGCGAUGUUUCAUUAACCUACAAACGAAAUAAAAUGUAGCCACUGUCGUAAAUGUUGAUGAGUCAAAAGUUUUUGUGAACUUGAAUUAAUGAUGAGCGGCUGUCGCCCGGUCCGUAGUAACUUUGUGAGUGUCCCGGUGACUGUUGGGAAAUUCGAAGAGUUUUUUCUUUUAGCGGUUGUGUUUAUAGUUGUGGUAGUGAGCAAUGUGUCUGAUUGUCAAAGUGGGAUGUUUCUUCCGCAUCACGAUCACGGCGCCGCCGAAAUCAACUAAACGAAUUGAUAGUCUAUUAGUAAAAUUAACUUACAAUAGUCCUAAUGUAAAUUAUUAUUAAUGUUAGUGUUAUUAUUAGCUAGAAAAUAUAACAAAAUGUACAGAGAAGUGUGCAUAUAUAGAACAUUGAUUUGUUUCUUAGUGCUUGCCGUGACCAGCGCCCCGUCGGCGUCGCAGAACACUGUUAUUUCAGGAGUAGUAACAUCGCCAGUAGCAGCCACAGUGACUCGCGUGCCGGCCAUCGUCGGAGGUGAAGCAGACAUGCCUUGCGAUAUCAGGCCGCCGAUACACAACGACAGUUUACUGCUCGUCGUGUGGUAUCGCGAUGAUAAUCCUGUGUACAGUUACGACACAAGAGUACCAGGGCCUUCAGCGCACUGGGUCGACGAGGCCUACAAUGGGCGUGCGCACUGGCACAGCACGCCCACUGCUGGGCUACGCAUGCACGAGAUCAAAUCAAGAGAUCGCGCGAUAUACAGAUGUCGCGUCGACUUCCAUGUGUCGCCUACUAGGAAUUAUAAAAUAGCACUCGAUGUCAUCGAACUUCCAAGCAAGCCAGUUAUCUUCGACGAGUAUGGGAAGGAGUUAUCAAACACAGCUGGCCCUUAUCACGAAGGGGGAGAGUUCAAAUUAAUAUGUUCCGUGAAAGGCGGAUACCCUACUCCAAGAAUCCAAUGGCUUCAAGGAGACAGCGUGUUGGCCACACUAAGCGCAGGGGAGCAUAGUGCACCAACGCGGUCAUUAACUCUAGUGAUCAGAAAUGCAACGAGAGCGCAUUUAGGCGCGUUAUACACUUGCACGGCAGAUAACACGCUGUUGGCAUCGCCUCAGAAAACAACAGUCAAAGUUGAUUUGUUUUUAAAACCGCUAGCUGUAGAAAUAAUUUCAAGAGAACAACCGCUGUCAGUCGGUAGAAAAUCAGAAUUGUGGUGCAAAACGACGGGGGCGCGGCCUCCGGCUACCAUUACUUGGUGGCUUGGAGGCAAGAAGAUAGACGCCAUUACUAAAGAAUCGGGUAUACAAGACGCGAACGAGACAGAAUCUCUACUGCAAUGGAUGCCAUCAAAAGAACAUAACGGCCAGGUCUUAACCUGCAGAGCGGAACAUACCAACUUCAACCAUUCCAGUAUAGAAAGCAAACUGCCCCUCAAUGUGUAUUAUAUGCCAGAAGCAACAAUCCACCUUGGAGCCAAGAUGAAUCCGAAUGACAUUGAAGAGGGUGAUGACGUAUAUUUUGGCUGUAAAGUUGAUGCCAAUCCGCCAGCCUACAAAGUUGUUUGGGAACAUAAUGGCGUCCUCCUACAACACAAUCCAGCGAACGGUGUUAUAGUGACUGGGAACACUAACCUAGCAUUAAGAAACGUGUCCAGACUACAAGCUGGCCUCUACACGUGCACGGCUUCGAACGUCGAGGGGGAUGGCAAGUCGCCGCAUUUACAUAUGCAAGUUGUCUAUAGACCACUCUGCCAAAGGAAAGAGAUGAAGAUCAUCGGAGCAGCUCUACAGGAGCCGACGACGGUGACAUGUGAAGUAGACGCCUUUCCACCUCCGGAUACCUUCGAGUGGACCCUGAACAACUCAGCAGGCUCCAUCAAGGUUGAUCCUGAUCGUUUCACAAUAGAAGCGAAGGAAGGCAAAUCAUUGCUCACAUACACCCCAGUAUCAGACGUGGACUACGGUACACUAUCGUGCCGCGCAACCAACCUAGCGGGGCAGCAAGUUGCCCCGUGUGUCUACACUCUGUUGCCGGCAACGAGGCCGGAUCCGCCAACCAAUUGUACCGUGUACAAUCUCACUGAUGACUCGCUGGACCUGAUUUGUUUGCCAGGUUACGAAGGUGGUCUCCAAUGUGUGUACGUAGUGGAAGUUUGGGCAGCUGAGGGUCUGGUAGUGAAUGCCAGUAACGGUGGGGCGUUGUGGAACUUGAGAAGACUGGGGUCAAAUAGACAGCUGAGGCUAAUAGUGUACGCAGCGAACGCGAGAGGAAGAUCAGAACAUGUUACGUUUACUGUUGAAACUGCUGUGAGAUUGGCGCCUAGAACAGAACCACAAGAAGCCUGGGAAGUGAACUGGGCUUUGGGGGUGUUCCUGGGCGCAGCGCUGACGAUAGCAUUUGUUUUGUGUCUCGCCCUCAUUGCUUCGAGGAUACGACACAGGUCUAGAGAUUAUGAAGUUACGCUGCCAUCGAUAAAAAACCAAAAAGUCAUCGUGCAAAAGAGGAAUUCACCACAAGCUGAUGACAAAAACCCUGACCUCAUACCAUUAAGCAAAGGAGUGACAGAAGGCCCACCAGACCCACCGCUGUACUCCGCCAUAGCCCAACCAAAGAACUCAAACAGCGCUCACAGUUUGCAACGCACACAAACGCCAGUGACGCCCAUAUCGUCGCACGCUCACUAUACUGAUAUGCAGAAUGAUACCGGGCGGAGUAUGAUCAACGGAGCUAUGAGAUCACAUCGAGAGAUAGUCACCACUAGGACGCCAUUGCUCGCAGCCCAUCAAGAAAGCUGCGUAUGAAUCUUACCCAUAUUAUUUUAUACCAUUCUACUUUAAAAAAGUGAAAAUAAGUAAUUCGUUAUCGACUUUUAAAAAUGUUCAUUGUUAAAAAAUAAAAUUUCAUUUUUUUAUUAAUGUUUUUAUCGCGAACAGUAAUGAGUUCUAGCAGUUAUAAAAUUAAGGCAAUGACUGAUGAACAAUUAUUAGAAAAUUGAAAUAACUUGUUCUAAUUAUAAUGUUAGUUAGAUACUCUUUAAGAGAAAUGACGGAAGGCUCUAAGCUAUUCUAAUAUAAAUUUUAGAAAAUUAAGGAGGAACUGUAAAUAUAAAAAUAACUAUUGAAAUUGUGUUUCAAGAUUCACAUACGGAAUUUCAUUUCGCAAUGCACUAAUAGACGAUUUAAAUGUAAUUAUUACAGUUAAAUGUAAAAAGUUAUCGUCGUAAGUGUCAAUCAAAUAAUUCAUUAAAUGUUAAACCUACAUUAAUUAAACCAGUUCAAUUUAAUUUUAUUCAUAACAAAAGAAUUUUAUUUUUAUUUAUUUUGUUGCAAAUUGAGUAAAUUGUUUGUCAAUUAAUAUUUUGUAAUAAUAAUCAAUCGUAUAUGACAUAAUAUGUAUAUGUUGAUUAUAGCAAUAAAUGCUACUAUAAUUUUAACUGCAGUUUGACGGUAUGGGAAAAAAUUCAGAUACAUAACUUUUUCAACAUAUUCCCCGCUGAUGGGAAAUUUUUUAUUGUACAUUGGUAUGCUACAUUUGGCAAAAAAAUUGAAAUCUAUUCUCUGUUUUGUAAUACAAGGUGAAAAAUUAUUGUUUUUAGUGACAUUAAAAAUAUCAUAUGCAAUAAAUAUAAUUGGUAUCAGAAAAAUGCCAAAAAAAGGCUGUAUUGAACUGAACUUUACUGAUCAGUUUUACAACCAUCCAGUUAAAUUCAGUAAAGUUAAAAGUGAAGAUAAACCCUGUGGUUCAUUGUGCAGCAAAUCAUAUCGAAAUUGCAUAUGUAUAUUUCCUAGUUUUGUAAAUAGGUGUAAAAAUAUAAAUAGGAAUAGUAUAUAAGUUUAAUUCGGAAUGGAAAUCAUGAAAAGAAAGUCUUGUCAAUAAUUUUACACCUUGUAUAUUUUAUGGAAUAUAACAUGUCAAAAUGAUAUCAACUUUUAAUUUAUUUUAUGGACUGGUUGUACAUAAAUUAUGUAAAAAAACCAACAAUAAAAAUUUGCUCAUUCUAAGGAAUAUAAUGAAUUUAAUGUAACAGCACGAAAUAUGUAUGUUAAGUUGUCGAAUAUCUAAAACAAAUCAGUGUGGGAAGAGCAGUUUUUUAAUACAUGUGACUCAAUAAAAUGACGAAAAUUUA